CCAGAGCGGGAAGACAGUACUGCUGUUACACAUGUCAACAACCGGGUAGUGAUAUCAUAGCUAGGCUUUAACACGCAGAAACCCCCCGACUGUGGAAUAUUCAGGUGAGAGUUUGCCUCAACAGCGGUUGAUAUAUAAGAGUCAGAGGUCAGGAGUCAUGCAGGCCUUUUUGAAAGGAGCAACUGUUCACUCUACCAGACCUCAGAAAGACAAGGCAGCAGCAGGGCCCAGUACAGAGAAGAAAGCCAAGGCUGUUCCUUGGGUAGAAAAAUACAGGCCAAAGUCUGUUGAUGAGGUAGCCUUUCAGGAGGAGGUGGUAGCAGUGCUGAAGAAGUCUCUGGAAGGAGCAGAUCUUCCCAACUUGCUUUUCUAUGGCCCUCCUGGAACAGGAAAGACCUCCACCAUCUUAGCUGCUGCCAGAGAACUUUAUGGUCCAGAGCUGUUCAGACAGAGGGUGCUGGAGCUCAACGCCUCAGAUGAACGCGGCAUCCAGGUUGUCAGAGAGAAGGUCAAGAACUUCGCUCAGCUCACCGUGGCUGGAACUCGCUCAGAUGGGAAGCCAUGUCCUCCUUUUAAGAUCAUCAUCCUGGAUGAGGCAGACUCUAUGACAGCACCAGCUCAGGCUGCGCUCAGACGGACCAUGGAGAAGGAAUCGCGCACCACCCGCUUCUGCCUCAUCUGUAACUACAUCAGCAGGAUUAUUGAACCUCUGACCUCCAGAUGUUCCAAGUUUCGCUUCAAACCCCUUGCCAAUCAGAUCCAAGAACAACGCCUGCUUCAGAUCUGUGACAAGGAGAACCUCAAGUACACCAAAGAGAGUAUAGCAGCAUUGGUGAAGGUGUCUGAGGGAGACCUGCGGAAAGCCAUCACCUUCCUCCAGAGCGCUGCGCGCCUCAACAGCGACAAGGAGAUCACAGAGCGUGCUGUCAUUGAAAUAGCCGGGGUUGUCCCUCCAAAGAUGAUCGACAACUUGCUCCAGAUCUGCUUCAAAGGAACAUUUGAGAAACUGGAGGUUGCAGUCAGUAACAUGGUGGAUGAAGGCUACGCAGCCACACAGAUCCUGAGUCAGCUCCAUGAGUCUAUCAUAGAGCAGGACCUGAGUGACAAGGAGAAGUCAGCCAUCACAGAGAAGAUGGCGGUUGUGGGUAAGUGCCUGGCAGAUGGUGCAGAUGAGUACCUGCAGAUGUUGAGCCUCUGUUCAGUCAUCAUGCAGCAGGCCUCCCAGAACAGCAGCUAAAACUGCACAAAACAGCAUCUCUUCCCCACAGAGAGUUCUGUCAUCUGCUUACAACAGGACCAAUGGUGUCACUGAGACACGAGCACUUCAUUCAGAUUAAACUGACUUUGUACAGAUUUGCGGUUUGGGACGUCACAUCCACCAGUGGAUACCAGAUGAUAGUGGUGUUGUUUACCUAAUGUCUCCCUCCACUGUAUGGUGAGCACAAAUUAGACAGAACAAUGUGAAUAUGCUUUCAAAAUCUCUGUUACUGUUUAUUCACCAUUCAGAUGUCUCCUUAUUUCAUCCUUGUUACUAUUUACCAACAGAUCUUUGUACACUUUUUGAAUUU